AUUGGAAACAGCCGAUCAAACGGUUUCCUGAAUGUUUCUCAGUUCAGUCCCUCCCUUCUUCGUGCAUGUGUGGACCGCGGACACACUGAUGAGUUGCAGACGGCCAAGGGUGGGAGUGACCGCACUGACCGCGCGUGCCCGGGGGGAGGGCUGAGUGUAGCGAGUCUUCCACGAGGGAAUGUCAUCGUGGAUUUUCUUUCACGUUGUCAAGCUGUUUCUCCCCCCCCCCCAUUUUUGAAGCCUGUUCUUAAAAGCAGGACGCCACAUUGAGCGGGUUAUUACCACACUGCGCCUCCGCUGGAUGCCCGCCCUGUGUCGGCGCGCGGCGGUUAACGACGAUCCCGGGCGCGAGCUGCCCUCCUCGCUCGCGUGGCCAGCCUUCCUUCUCUUGUUUGAAACCCCUCCUGGGUGCCGCGGCUCCCCGCGUGCAGUGCGCGCGACGAAGAGCGGGGCCCUGGAGUGGCGCGCGCAGCCAGCGAUGGGACUCCGCUGCUCUGUCGCGCUACUGCGCUGCUUCGCCGUGUUCUCUGUGGCCGUGGGGCGCGAGCCCGCCGCGGGCGCUCUGACAGCUCCUCGGGAGGAAUGUCCAGAGAACAAGAUUGUGACAGUUGAGUAUCCCUGCAUGAAGCCUGGGGGUCAAAAGGCCACUUGUCUCAGGAGGAAGUGUUGUGAAGGGCACAGGUUUGUCAUGGGCCAGUGCAUACCAGAAAGUGUGGACGUGUGCGAAGGCUCCCCCUGUGAGCAGCAGUGCACCGACCACUUCGGCCGUGUCGUCUGCACCUGCUAUCCAGGCUUUCGCUUUGACAGAGAGAGACACCGCCGCCACCUGCACCCCUACUGCCUCGAUGUAGAUGAGUGUCAAGAAUCCAAUGGCACUGUGUGUGAGCAGGACUGUAAGAACACUCCAGGCAGCUUCCUGUGCAGCUGUCGCCAUGGCUACAGUCUGGCACCAGACCAUCGCUCCUGUGUGCAAACUGCCAGCUUCUGUCUGUACCCAUCUUUCUGUCUGUCUGUCUCUCUACUCCACUCUCCACGCUGCUGUGGUAUAACCCUGUCUGUACCAUGGGACAGUGCACUCCCCGGGGAAGCUGGACACUCUGAUGAGCGGAGGCUCCUGCUCACUCACCUGCCAGGACUUUCUCAAUCUGAGGAACAGCUUGCAGCAGCUCAAGCUGAGACUGGGCACUGCGCUACCCAGUGGGCAGGUAUGGCUCAGGUGCUCCCCCCUGGCCUGGCCAACAGCAGUGAGAAACUGUCCCAUGGAUGGGUGGGCAAAGGGCCGGAUGCUCCUGCUGUGACUGGUCCUCCAGGCCCCCCUGGGCCCCCGGGGUUACCAGGGCUCCAAGGGGAACCAGGGGAGAAAGGGGAACCAGGGGCCAGAGGUCCUUCUGGUCCCCAAGGGCCACGGGGUGAUAUGGGCCCUUUGGGCCCUGAGCCAAACCUAGAGCAUGUCAAGAGGGGCCGCAGGGGCCCAGUGGGGCCACCUGGAGCCCCCGGAAAAGAUGGCCAAAAGGGGGACAGGGGUCUUCCAGGACCCCGAGGCCCAGCAGGACCUCCCGGCUCCUUUGACUUCCUUUUGCUCAUGAUGGCCGACAUUCGCAACGACAUCAUUGAGCUCCAAGAGCAAGUGUUCGGGAGGAGGCGGGACAUCGCUCACGAAUCCCCACCCCCCUCAAGUGGGGAGGCAGAACUUGUGGACUCGGGGUCAGGAGGAGAAGAUUUCCCGGUGGACACCUGACCAAAGGACUUACAGGAGCAGAUGUCAGCUGUACUGUCCUUCACGAAGGAUGUCGCCGACACCUGUGACACACCAGAAUCAAGCCAGGGCUGAAGCCGAUGUUGUACUCCAGGUUCUGUGGCUGUAGAUGUGUCUCGGUGUCUCAACCAGGCAAAAGAUGGUGAUCAAUGGAAGACUUUUCAUGAAGCUCUCCUCCCAGAAUGAUUUCCUUCCUUCAGCCUGAGGAGCACGUUGCAACCCCAUGUAGAUGUGAGAAAAACACAGAAUGAAUGGGCCACGGAGGAGGGACCCUAAACCAUUCUUCCAGGAAUGGUGUCAGCAAGGCGUUGCGAAAUGGCCUAAAAUUAUGGAGGAGUUCUGCAGUUAUGUGUGUUGUUGGUUAGUAUCACGAAUCCUCCUGGUAUCACUUCAAGACACUUUGAUACUCUGCACAAAGAUGAAGAACCACCUGUCUUCCUCUUUUAUUGCCCCACGUUACACCUGUCACUGAACCACGUAUGUUUGGGGUGCGUGUGUUUUCUUCUCUUUUAGCAGCAGCAAAAAAUCCGGUUGUAUUGUCAUCUGGAAUAAUAUGCUUUAUGAAAAAUAAAUUUACUAUGGCAUCAAUGUUCAUAAUGCCAGCAGGC